AGUAUUUACCUCCCUUGGUUAGAAAGGGAGGAAAUACUUCUUCCUCCACUCAGGGCAGCUGCGACCAGUUCUCCCAGAGAAAUCAUUAAACCUCAAGGAUUCGGAGCCCAGAGCCCCAGGACUAGGCUGCAACAAGCUGCCCUGCCCCCGAAGCAGGAACAGGCACGUUUGGAGAGUGUCAUUUGAAAAGCCAGAUAAAAGCGGCAUGAGGAGGCUGGAAAAAGAGUGUACGACUUAGCGGUUCAGAAAACCACCCUCCAUUUCAUUCUGGAGCCCGGAGGUUACACCCAGGCAUCACAAAAGCUUCUUUCCUCACAACAUUAACUGAAUCAGAACAUCCUUGGGUGCAAAAGAGUGGAUCAGAAUCUUCAGGGCUUACCUGACAUUCCAAGUGGAUGAGCCUCGAAAGCAGUUGGAGUUCUCUGUCUACAGUUUAAGAAAUCAGAGAUACAAAUCCAGAUUUGGAACUCAUCACUGUGUAAAAUUUCCUCAUUCUCCACCCUACCAAGAUCAUGGAAGAUUUAGAGGAACCAUUAUUUGAAGAAUUUGAUAAUUAUUCCUAUGCCUUGGAAUAUUACUCUCCAGAGUCUGGUAUGGAGGAAAAAGUCCACCUGGGAAUUGUUCACUGGAUCUCCCUGGUGUUAUGUGGUUUAGCAUUUGUCCUGGGAAUUCCAGGAAAUGCCAUUGUCAUUUGGUUCACAGGAUUCAAAUGGAAGAAGACAGUCACUACUCUCUGGUUUCUUAAUCUAGCUAUUGCGGAUUUCAUUUUUGUUCUCUUCCUGCCCCUGUACAUCUCCUAUGUGGCCAUGAAUUUCCACUGGCCCUUUGGUAUCUGGUUGUGCAAGGCUAAUUCCUUUAUUGCCCAGUUGAACAUGUUUUCCAGUGUGUUUUUCCUAACGGUGAUCAGCCUGGACCGCUAUAUCCACCUGAUUCAUCCAGUUUUGUCUCAUCGGCACCGAACACUGAAGAACUCUCUGAUUGUUAUUAUAUUGGUCUGGCUUUUGGCUUCUCUAAUUGGCGGUCCUGCACUGUACUUCCGGGAUACUCUGGAGCUCAAUAACCACACUCUUUGCUAUAACAAUUUCCAUGAGCAUGAUCCUGACCUCACCCUGAUGAGGCACCACAUUCUGACUUGGGUGAAAUUUAUUGUUGGCUACCUCUUCCCUUUGCUAACAAUGAGUAUUUGUUACUUGUGUCUCAUUGUCAAGGUCAAGAAGCGAAGCAUCCUCAGCUCCAGUAAGCAUUUCUGGACAAUCCUGGCUGUGGUCAUGGCCUUUUUGAUUUGCUGGACUCCCUAUCACCUGUUCAGUAUUUGGGAGCUCACUAUUCACCACAAUAGCUAUUUCCACCAGGUGUUGCAGGCUGGAAUCCCCCUCUCCACUGGUUUGGCAUUCCUCAAUAGUUGCUUGAAUCCCAUCCUUUAUGUCCUAAUUAGUAAAAAGUUCCAAAAUCGCUUCAGGGCCUCAGUUGCUGAGAUACUGAAGUACAUGCUAUGGGAAGUCAGCUGUUCUGGCACAGUAAGUGAGCAGCUCAGGAACUCUGAAACCAAGAAUCUGUCUCUCCUGGAAACAGCCCAAUAAGUUUACUUUUCUACAAAUCAGUACCAGGUUUUUGUGUUGGUCCCUUGACAAAUGCUUCCAGUUUAAAUUUGGUUCCAAGAUUUAGCACUGACCAUGUUUUGUUUUGUUCAUUUUGUUGACAUCAUAUUUUUUGUGUGGAUAUAAAACUUAGAAAGGAUAUGUACAAUGUUUUUUCUGCACUUAAUGAUCUGUGUCAUUCUUGCUAAUUAUAUCACAGUGAAUUAAUCAUCACUGUUGAAGCAGUAUUGUUUUUAUCUUAACAUUUUAAAGACCAUAAUUGUUAAUAUUAAGUGACUAAUUAAAAAACGUUAAAAUGUUUGCUUAAAUCCAUUUUAAUUUUUACAAGUAACCUAUUAGACAUAUUCUUAA